AUGGCAACAAUCACUCCAGAGGCACCAGUGUUGACCGAGCUCAUCGCAAAGAUCAAAAAGGCCGAUCCCGGUCUGGGCAUCAAGAAGGUUCUCGCCGAGAUUCAGACUCAGGAACCCACCUGGCUUGUGAGCGAGAAGCGAGUCAAGAAGCUUAUGGACCAGGCCGGUAUUGCCGUCGCCAAUGCUGAGCCCGAGGGAGAGCUGGACCCUUCGGUCCCUGUCAGUCAUAUCGAUGCCGCCGUGGACAUCAGUGCCUUGACUAAUGGACUCGUCAAGACCAAGAUGAUCAACAAAGUCAUCGGAAAAGGAUUGUUUGCUACAGAGGAGCUCCCCAAGGACAAAGUGGUAUUCAACGAGUUUCCCUUCAUCUACUUUCCUCCAAUGAAGAGAUACAACAUGGUCACGAAAGGUGGUGCUUGUGGUCUCUGCGCGCGUACCAUCAAGACUGAUAGCCUCCUCAGCUGCGUGUGCCCAGGCUGCAGCAGAAUCAAGUACUGCAUAAAAGCAUGCAGAGAGACUUCAUGGAACAGCUCACAUCGCUUCGAAUGCUUCGGAUUGAACCCAGCAUUGAAGGAGUACGUCAACUUUUGCGUGGAAGAGAACUGGAACGCCGGAAUGGGAGCACUUCGCUGCUACGAGCGCAUCUUGAUCGCCAACGAGACCUCGCCAGAGGAGCUCACCACCGUCUUGAAGCACUUUGACGCCUUUGCCACCGUCAGUCAGGAGGAGCGCCAGAAGAGAGAGACUUCAUGGGAUAUGAUGGGCGACCAAUCGAGAGCUGUCUGGGAGAAGGCACUGGAGUUGCUCAUCAAGGGAUGCAAGUACCCUCUCAAGACGCUCCCCAAGAGCGGCACCUCGGUCCUGACGAAGCCUCUUCCCGAUCACUUGAAGGACUCGCUCUUCUCCAUGGAUACCUACCUCAAGUUUGUCGGACGGUACAACAUCAACAACCAAGACGGUGGACUUUAUCUCCUCCACUCGGCCCUCAACCAUGCCUGCAACCCCAACGCCGUCAUUGGUCACCCGGGAGCAGGGACCAACUAUGGAGUCAGUGUUCGUCUGGCCAGGACUAUCAAGCGGGACGAGCAGCUCCAGAUCACUUAUUGCGACCCUCGCUGGAAGAGGGACACACGACAGCAGUACCUCCGCACCGAGUAUAUGUUUACCUGCAAGUGCAAGCGCUGUACUGGAUCGGACGAUACCCUGAACGAAGAGAUUGCACAGUCCUUAGGCCUUGUCCAAGAAUAA